GGGCCGCCGCCGCAGCAGGAGCCUCCGGGUGCAUAUGUCGUGAUCCCACCCAAUCUUGCAAGAAGGAAUCAGUUACAGAGAAUUGCUAAUAAAGAACUGGAAGAACUCGACAAGUGGAAGGAACUGCACAGACCAGGACCAAUUAAUUUGACCCCCCAGAAGCUCGGAGGGAAAGCACCUGAGGCUGACGUGAGGCGAAAGCAGCAAUGGGAGCACAGCCAGUCUAAAUACCAGCAAAAGUUGAAAAGAGAAACAUAUGUGAGGAUGAAGAGAGAGGCUGAAGAAGCAGAGCUUUUGAAGAAGAAAGCAAUUCAAAGAGAGAAAGCCAAGGAACUUGAAGAAAAACGAAGGCAAGAACAGUGGCCAAGAGGACGGAUGCUCAAUGAGGACAACUACCUAGAAACCACUGAGUUCUUGAAUAAACUGGCUUUAGGCCCAUCUCAGAGAACCUCUUGUCACGCAGAAGGCCACGGUCUGGAAUCUACACCCUGGGCCAGAAGCCGGGCGUAUAAGGAACUCCAAAGACAAGAAGAAGACAGGAAACUGCAGGCGAUGAAGGAGGAGCAGCGGAGGAAGGCAGAAAUGUUGGAACUUAAACAAAAACGAGAAGAAAGAACAAGAGUAAAAGCCCACCAGCGUGAUCAGCAGAGGGUGAAUAAUGCAUUUCUGGACAGGCUACAAAACAAUAAUCGGCCCAGUGGAACUUGCUCAUCUGGAGUUUUGGGAUACACGGAUUUUAGUGCUGACGACUGGGAGGCCGGUUAUUUCUUGUGAAAGGUGGACAUCUUCGCCUGCAUGCACACACCCCGGAUUCUUCACACAGCAGCUUCAGAGAAAUGAACUUGGAGAACGCCUCUGGGAGCGAUUUUCUGUCUCUGCCUAUUUUCGCUUUGUUCAGACAUUCUUGCCUGACCGCCUCUCUCUUCUCUGUUACUCAUCAAGGUUUCAAGCUAUUGAUUUGGUUAUGUAACUCUAACGGGAUUUCAGAUAAGUUCUCCUAUGGUUUGUGCUGCCUUUCGCAGUCAUCCAGCAUUACUCAGGAUAUUUUCUGUCCAUAUCUUUGGAAAUGACAGUAAAUUGGUCUGGUCUUUAUUGCUUACACUUCAAGUAGGAAAAAGCAGGAAAGCUUUUUCCGUAUACCUACUUGUUUUUAACUUAUUGAUCAUUAUUUUUAUCUGCUUUGAAUCUGUUUUUUAAGAUGAAAAGAAUUGCAAAGUGCUAAAUAAAAGCUCAAAUCCUCUCUGCUCAAAUAUAUUCCCUGAUGGGGAUGUGACGGAAUGGGGGAAUGCGGGCACUGCUUUCUGUUGGGGGGGAGGGGAAGAGAAUUUAACCAUCUGGCCUAGGUUCUAAGCCACUAGACCUGAAUGAGGAGUUCCCCUGUCCAGUUCUUUUCUACUCCCCCCCCCAAGCCAUAUGGUGUUCUUUUUCACUGCCACCACCAGAUGAAGGACAGGAGAGAAAUUGAUCUUCUUGGUCUCUGUGCCUCACACCUCUGGGAUAUAGUGCACCUGUGCCAACCCUGAUUGGUACAAUUGAAAACAAAAAGGAUUUUCGUGCCCGCUCACAAGUCACGUGCAAGGCCCCAGUGUGCAUGACUAUGGGAGGGGCACGACAAUCCCACCAGUUUUCUUCUGACUGCCGCGCUGUUCGGAUCCAGCACACACUUUACAGCUGAAAGCCUCCAGGGGGUGCUGCGCGCUCGAGUCAGAAGUUUGUUCCCGCCCAGGGAUCACAUGCUCCCCCUCUACCCUCAGUUCCUCUUUUGCUGCUGAAGGAAAAGGUCAUGUUUUUGGAGUCUCCAGCUAUAGUUGAGAGGAUUUCGUCCAGAUUUGUUGAAGCAACAUUUGCUUCUGAGUCUCUGCCCUUUUCAAGAAGCACUACACCAGUUUGGUGUAGUGGUUAAGUGCGCGGACUCUAAUCUG